GGCGCCUAAUAGCACCCGGUAGUGGAUCGAUGUUUAGUGGUAAAAUAAUUUGUUUCUUCGCUUAUGUAAUACUGUUUAGUGACAAACAGAAUUAGGUGAUAAAUUCAUUAACCAAAUAACGUCAACCAAGAAGGAAAGAGAUAACAGCUGAGCUGAUAGUAGUUCAAUUUCUACCGAGUUCGGCCUCUCUAAGCUGAGGCGACUUCCUUUUGUGAGUUGGCCCUUUGGUUGAACUGGUCCGCAAUAUUGUGGAUCAGCUGGUGACAUUUGCGAGACUUACCUCGAAACCACUUGCAGUAUUUAGAGAAGUGAGUAAAGAGGAGAGGAAAGAUGGCAUAAAGGCUAGCUGCUUCCUGUUGAACUAAUGGCGUGGUAUUACGGAGUUAACGAGUCAGAAUUAUACGGAUCGAAUUUCUCCACUGUCCUCGCAGAUGCACCGCCUCCGUUAGAUGAUACUUACGAUGAAGACGAAAAUGAAAUAGUGUUCCCAAACGAACUAAAGAAGUUAAAAAAAUUCAACGGGGAAACUAUUGCUGCUUCCAGCAAGAAAAUCCAUUCGAGCGACGAGAAAUUCAGUGAUAAAUCGAAACAUGAUGGGAGUCGAGCGCCUGAGGGUCAAGGUAGUGUCGAAGAAGAUUCCGAUUUUGGUGACUUUGCAGGUUUUGCGGACUUCGGCUCUGCAUUUGGACAAGAGAACAGCGGAGAGUCGCGAGACUGGUUCUCAGGUGAUGAAAAUAGCGUGAAUUCACCACCAGCUGUGAAAACAGCAACUAGCAACCAAGGACGUGACAAUGAAGGCGCCGAUUUUGCAGCAUUUCCGGAGCAUGAGGGAAGUCUGAAUCAAGAAAAUAUUACCAAUGGGAGCUGUGAGCAGGGAAAUUCAAAUGCAAGUGAUAGCAAAAAAAAUUAUAACAAUAGUGAAAAUAGAAAUAAUUCAAUUAAUGGCAGUUACGACAUAGAUUCUGAUGAUGAUUUUGGUGAUUUUGCAAGUGUGGAGAAGAGCACUGGAAGACCUGAAGAGGUCUCCAUGGAUAGUGAAAGCAAAACUGUAGAAAUUCAGCCAGAUCUUGAAAGAGAAUGUGUGUCUAUGGGAAGAACUUGUUCUGAAAGUGAUAUAAAAUCUGACAGAGUGGAUGUCAAAAGUGAAACAAAGACUGUACAGUGUAAUGGUGAUACAGCUGAUAAAGAAUUAGUUAGCCAUUGUGAAGAAUCAACAGUAAACCAUACAUCAGAGGGUUUUUCUAAUGCUGAUAAGGGUCAAGACAAUGAACUUGGAACAAAAAGGGACACCAACAAUGUGGAAAAUGUUCCAAAUGCUGUGACCAAAGAUGAAGAAUCAAGGUCAUUGGACAAGACAUUUGUGGCUGUCCAGCAUGAGGAAUACCACCCUGGUGAUAGUGUUUUGACUGAACCAGAAAGAGAAGAUGACAAAAUAAAAAACAGUGUGGAGGGUGAGAUUUCAUCCAGUAACAAAGGAAAAGAACGCUUAGAAAAUACUAAGACACCACCAGAAUACAAGGAAUUAAAUGAUGAUGGUUUUGGAGAAUUUGCUGACUUUACUGGACCAAUGGUAAAACAACCGUCCGUUGAUAAUGAUGAUGAGGACAAAGAGGAUGAGUUGCACAACAAACAAAUGCCUCAUUCACCAGUGAUUUCUGUGCCAACAGGUGAUGGAAAGGAAGAUUCCUCAUGCGUGCAAGUUGCUUCUGUGCAGAACAAAGGUGAUGAUGAUGAAUUUGGAGAUUUUGGUUCAUUUGGUGAAGGACAUGAUCAAAAUUAUGAAAGUACAACUGACUUCAUUGCAGUCGAUUCUAGAACAGAAUGUCUGUCUGCUCAGAAUGGUGAUGAUGGUGAUGAUGACGACUUUGGAGAGUUUGGUAGUUCUAGUAAUGCAGAAAGCACUUCCCCUCCUGAAGCUCAAAACAGUGGUGAUUUUGGUGACUUCGGUACAUUUAAGUCAGAAACAAAAGAUUCCUGGAAAGUCAAUGGUGGAAAAGAUGACACUGAGGAUUUUGACAUUUCUAAUGCCAAAGGAAAAACUAUACCUAGUGAAGAUGAAAGUGCUAGUGAUUUUGGUGACUUUGGUGCAUUUAAUUCAAUGACAAAAGAUUCCAAUAAUGAGGAUGGUGAUGGGUUUGGGGAUUUUGGCACUUCUAGUUCUGGAGAAAAAACAUUACCAAGCAAAGAUCACGACAAUGAUGAUUUUGGUGACUUUGGUACAUUUAAUUCAAGGACAAGAGAUUCUCAUAACAAUGAUGAUGAUAGCUUUGGGGAUUUUGGCACAUCCAACACUGGAGAAAAAUCAUUACCUAAAGGACAUCAAGACCAUGAUGAUUUUGGUAACUUUGGUGCAUUUGAUUCAAGUACGAAAGAUUCUCAAAAAGAUAGUGACAUGGAUAAUGACUUUGGUGAUUUUGGCAGUUUUGAGUCAAAUUCCAAGAAAGAUGAAAACAAUUCUGAUGACUUUGGUAGUUUUGAGUCAAAUACCAAAGAUGACAAGAGUGGUGAUUCUAAUAGUGACAGGUUUGUGGAUUUUGGAGCCUUUGAUGCACAACCUAAAGAUUCGUCAGACAAGAAUAUAACUGACAAUGAAUUUGGAGAUUUUGGUAGUUUUGAAUCUAGAAUGAAAGAUUUACCAAAAAGGGAACAAAGAAGCUCAAAUGUAAAAGAUUUCCGUGCAUCAGAAUUGAAAGAUGAUGGUAAAUUUGGAGAUUUUAGUACUUCAGCACCACAAAACUGUGAAAAAAAGAAAAACUUACAAAGUGACGAGUUUGGUGCAUUGAAUUCUGUCUCAAAGGACAUCAAUAAUUCCAGAGAAUCCAGUGAUAAUUUUGGCAAUUUAAGCAGUGGAGAUGGAAAAGAAGGCAGUUUUGCAACAUUUCCUACCUCUCGUUCAGAAUCGUCCGCCAGGAGGAAUGAAAACUCAAAACAAAGAGGAACAUCAACCUCAUAUUUUGUUCCUGGCAGCAAUGUCAUUAUCAAGCAAGUAGAAGAUACUUUCUCCCCAUGCUUCAUAUCAGAACAGAGACAUAUUUCACACUGCCAGUGUGAUGUUUUGUCUUCUCGAGUUGAACAAAGUUUGAAAAGGUAGGUUUGAGAGGCUACUUUAACAACAGUAAGCACCAGUCAGGUGUCAACCUGUUAUAGAUUUCUUCCUUAUAUUGGUUGUUUUAUAUAUAUGGGUUGUUGAUCAAGCGUAAGCUGAAUUUUAUGGCUGGAUAUUGGCCAAGUUCUUUUUUUUGUACGUGUAUGGACCAAGAUGGAGG